AUGGAGGAAUCACUUGCUCUCUAUCAUGAUUUUCUCAACAUGCCUUCUUCUUCUUAUUAUUAUGAGUUUCCAUCUCCUACUACUACUACCACUGCAGAUCUUCAUGAUCAUCCCUCCUAUGAAACUAACACCAAGACAAACAAAAGGAGGAAGAAACCACCACCAUCGCCAUCAGGAGCAGAAACGAACAAGAAACUAUUCUCGUGUAAUUACUGUACUCGUCAAUUCUUAACUUCUCAAGCAUUAGGUGGCCAUCAAAACUCUCAUAAGAAAGAAAGAGAUGCUUAUCGCAAAACCCAUGGUGAUAUUAAAAGACGUCUGCUCCCCAUCAAUAACAAUCCUUAUUACUACUACAUACCACCACAAAUAACACCACCACCAUCUUCAUCUUCGUCACCUGUAGCAGCGUAUGAUUCUUCUCAUCAUCAACAACAGUUUUAUUGGUUUGAUCGCACUAAUCCUCAACAAUUACCCACUGCUGCAGAGAAUCACAACAAUAUCAUUUAUCAGACUGGUUAUUCCCCUCUUCCUGACUCAUUCUGCUCCGAGUGUUAUCAGUAUGAUGAUCAUAUUAAUAUUCCUACCAACAACAACAAUAUUAUUAACAACAACGAUGAUGAUGAUGAAAUCAACAAUCUCGAUCUUAUCCUUCACCUAUAA